UUCGCAGGCCCCAGGCAGUGGCGGUACAGAAGAGGCGCCGCGUAGCUGCGCUUCCGCAAAGAUGGCGGCGGCUGCAGGGAGCGGCGCUCGGCUGGCGGCCUGGGGCGGAAGACUGCGGCGCGGGCUCGCUGCUAGCCGACGGGCUGUGCCGAAUCCUGGCUCCUUGGCAGCCGCAGUGGCCGGUGCGGCCCUUGCAGGAGCAGGAGCGGCCUGGCACCACAGCCGCGUGAAUGUCGCGGCGCGGGAGGGCAGCCUCACGGUCUCAACACAGAAAAAUGUUGAACAUGGAAUAAUAGGGAAACUGUCUCUUCGUAAGCAACGCUUUAUGCAGUUUUCUUCACUGGAACAUGAAGGAGAAUAUUAUAUGACACCACGAGACUUCCUCUUCUCAGUGAUGUUUGAGCAAAUAGAACGUAAAACUUUGGUCAAGAAACUGACAAAAAAGGACAUCGAGGAUACACUGUCAGGGAUCCAAACAGCUGGUUGUGGAUCAACUUUUUUCAGAGACCUUGGCGAUAAAGGGCUAAUUUCGUAUACCGAGUAUCUUUUCUUGCUUACAAUCCUCACUAAACCCCAUUCUGGAUUUCAUGUUGCUUUUAAAAUGCUGGAUACAGAUGGUAAUGAGAUGAUUGAUAAAAGGGAAUUUUUUAAGCUGCAGAAGAUAAUAAGUAAACAAGAUGACUUGAUGACAGUGAAAACUAAUGAAACUGGACAUCAGGUAUGUGUAAAUGAUUUACAAACAACUGAUAUUUAUAAUAGCUACUCUAUUCUGUUUGUUCAGAUAUUCCCAAUAGUUACCAAUAGAUUUGGUAUCAGAUAUUUAAAGACUUUGUCUAUUACUAAAGAAUUUCGAAGAUUUAUGGAAAAUUUACAAACAGAGAUUCAAGAAAUGGAAUUCCUUCAGUUUUCUAAAGGUUUGAGUUUCAUGAGAAAAGAAGACUUUGCAGAGUGGCUACUUUUUUUCACUAACACUGAAAAUAAAGAUAUUUAUUGGAAAAAUGUGAGAGAGAAGUUGUCAGCAGGAGAGAGCAUUAGUUUGGAUGAGUUCAAGUCAUUUUGCCAUUUUACAACCCACUUGGAAGACUUUGCUAUUGCCAUGCAGAUGUUCAGUUUAGCUCAUCGUCCUGUCAGACUAGCCGAGUUUAAGAGAGCUGUGAAAGUAGCAACAGGACAAGAACUGUCAAACAAUAUUUUGGACACCGUCUUCAAGAUCUUUGAUGUGGACGGUGAUGAAUGUCUUAGUCAUGAAGAGUUUCUUGGGGUGUUAAAAAACAGAAUGCAUCGAGGUUUAUGGGUACCACAACAUCAGAGUAUACAAGAAUACUGGAAGUGUGUGAAGAAAGAAAGCAUUAAAGGCGUAAAAGAAGUCUGGAAACAAGCUGGAAAGGGGCUUUUUUAAUAAAAGCUAUAAUAAUAUGGCAAUUAUGUUGCUCCAAAUGUCAAAAUUUGUGAUUUUUAGAAGUACUAGCUAUAUAUCUUCAUAAAUCUUCAUUGAUAUUCUUUGUGAUAUAAGCAUAUCUUGACUUACUUUCUGAUUUAUAAUUUUACUAAAGAACUUAGAAAAACUAAGUGUAAAAAUAGAUACUGGAUUCUGUCAGAAGGCCUAGAUUUGAAAUAAUGUUUUGUACUUUGGUAAGAUGGAAAGCUUAGUAAAGAUUCACUGAUUUCUUAGACACUCUAAUGUGAUAUGCUCUCUGGUAGGAUAAAACAGGUAUAUACAGGAACAAGUACUUGAGACCAAGGCCAGUAUCAAUUCCAGACAUCCUGAUGUUCCUAAUAGGGUAAAUGAAGUUAAAACUUAUUUCAGAUUUUUCUCAUCUGUAUCUUAUGUCUCAUAAAUUUAUUGUAUACUUUAUGUCAGUAGCUUAGCUGUUUAUUGUCUUUAACAUGUAAAUUUCAAUAUUCUAUCUGGAAGCAGAAUAAAAUAUUUAC